UCCCACUUUACAUUCCCUAAGUCCAAUUUGAAGGUGAAAGUCCUGCUUCAUCCUGUUAGCUGUCCCGGUAACCGCUUGUCCAGUCUCCAGUAAAAUAAAUAACAGCUAUGUCGGUGUUUUGUGAGGUCCCCCAGGCAGCACCUGUAGCUGUCUUCAAACUAUCGCAGGAUUUCAAUAACGACCAAUUUCCCAAAAAGGUGAACCUCGGAGUGGGAGCCUACCGGACAGAUGAAGGCCAGCCAUGGGUUUUGCCAGUGGUGAAAAAGGUGGAAAAGAUCAUUGUGCAUGAUGACAGGCUAAACCACGAGUACCUUCCCAUCCUGGGCCUGCCUGAGUUCAGAUCCUCGGCCUCCAAGAUCGCACUGGGAGAUGACAGUCCUGCCAUCCAGGAGAACAGGGUGGGGGCUGUCCAGUGUUUGGGUGGUACAGGUGCUUUGAAGAUGGGCGCAGAGUUUCUCAGGCGUUUCUACAAUGGAAACAACAACACCAAAACACCUGUCUAUGUGUCCGCACCUACCUGGGAAAAUCACAAUGCGGUAUUCGCCAAUGCUGGCUUUGAGGAUGUCCGUCCAUAUAAGUACUGGGAUGCAGAGAAGAGGGGCCUCGAUUUGACUGGUUUCCUUGGUGACUUGGAGAGUUGUCCAGAGCACUCCAUCUUUGUCCUGCAUGCCUGUGCCCAUAAUCCAACUGGCACAGACCCCACACAGGAGCAAUGGAAGCAGAUUGCUGAAAUUAUGAUGAGGAGGAAGCUGUUUGUAUUCUUUGACUCAGCUUAUCAGGGAUUCGCCUCAGGCAGUCUGGAGAAAGAUGCCUGGGCGGUCCGCUACUUUGUCUCCGUGGGCUUUGAAAUGUUCUGUGCUCAGUCGUUCUCGAAGAACUUUGGCCUCUACAAUGAGCGUGUGGGCAACCUGACCGUUGUGGCUCAUGAUGCAGACAACCUGAAGCGAGUUCUGUCCCAGAUGGAGAAGAUUGUCAGGACCACUUGGUCCAACCCACCGUCUCAGGGAGCUCGCAUUGUUGCCCUCACUCUUACCUCACCUGAGCUCUUUACUGAAUGGAAGGACAAUGUGAAGACCAUGGCUGACAGGGUCUUGUUGAUGAGGGCCCAGCUGAAAUCUAAGCUCCAAGCUCUGGGGACACCAGGGACCUGGGACCACAUCACAGAGCAGAUCGGCAUGUUCAGCUUCACAGGCCUCAACCCCAAACAAGUGGAAUAUAUGGUGAAGGAGAGACACAUCUACUUAAUGGCCAGUGGUCGUAUCAACAUGUGUGGUUUGACCACCAAGAACAUAGACUACGUGGCUGAGUCCAUCCAUGAGGCCGUCACCAAGGUCCAGUAGAAGACUACACAACCCACAGUUCUCAGCGAUUCCUCCUUUCCAGCCCUGAGCCACCUGAUUCCAGGGAAAGUGUUUGUAUCCAGCAGAUUUCCUGGAGCAAACAUAAACUCUCAUUUGCACAAAUAUACAGACUGGCCCUGUUUCCCCUUCCUUUCAGUUUUUGUGUUAAGCUAGGCUAAACACAUCUUGGACCUAUUUAUAUCUGAACGCACAAAGAUGAUUAAGAUAUUCAUCUUCUCAUCUAACUCUCUGUAAGACAGCAAAUAUGGGAAUUAUUCCUUUAAGUAAUUGUGUUUAUAAUUUGUCCCCCUGUUUUCUUCAUGUUGGUCUCCUAAUUUUAGUGUGUACUUAGUUUGACAUCACUGAUUUUUUUUUUUUUAUAUGUAGUGUACUAUUAGUGUAUGUGUCAUUACCAGGACCUUUGAGGGGGUUAGUACAUCUGUGACUGUGUUGCAGUUACCUCAGCGGUGCCGACUCCACUGUCAAUUUUUUUUAAUGUCAUACUGUUAUGAUUCAUCUAUUCCAAGUAUUAAUAUCACAUUUCCAAUUUUAUUUAGCCUGCAGUCUAACAAUUGUUAAGAACACUUGAAAAACAGAAUAAUAUUAACAUGACCAAACUGACUCAAUGCAGCUUUAAUUGCAGGAAGCAAUUCUAGUACAUAUCGUAUUUAUCACCUCUAUAAUGAAUUAAGUAGCAGUAUUACGUUUAUUGCUGGAUGCAAUGUAAACAAGCGAUGACUGUCCUCAGGAAGAUAUUUUUAACUUGAACAAUGUCAUUUAUUAAUGAUACUGUCUUCUGCCCAAAGGGGUUAUACUAAUUACCUCACUUUUAAUCUGUAUUUAUGGAGCACAAAUGGCACCAAACUAUCUUAACAGGUGUCGUGACUCCAGAGUGAUCUCUGUUCUCCGAUUGUCUGUUCGUAGCACUAGUGCACUAUUAUGCAAGACCCUCACGGCACAAACACACUAAUGAUCAACCAGUUUGCUAUUGUGUCACUGUGCACAGUACACCAAUAAAGCAGUCAUACUGUUUAGCAAAUUAACUCAAGCUGAAAAUGUCCUCACAAGACCGUCUAAUGACAUGAAUUAACUACACUAAUAAAGACCUAUAACUAUG